AUGGAUUUCCUUCAACGUCUCGCGCGGUUCUUGGACCGACCUCUCUUCCCAUGGAAGCGUCUCAUACUCGGCUUCUCUGUCGGCCAGUUCGUUUUUGAGAGUCUGCUCUCCCUCCGCCAGUACCAGGUCCUCAAGAACACCAAGCCGCCCAAAGUCCUCGAACAGGAAGUCUCGCAGGAGGUUUUCGACAAGUCUCAGGCCUACGGUCGCGCCAAAGCUGAGUUCGGUUUCAUCAACGGUCUCUGGGGUCAGAUCCAGAACAUCGCCUUCAUCCAGUUCGACGUCCUCCCCAAGCUAUGGUCCUGGUCUGGUAACCUGCUGCUGAACUUUGCGCCGGCACGCUUCACCGGCGAGAUAUCCCAGUCCAUAGUCUUUGUCCUCGCCUUCAUUAUGAUCCAACAGGUCCUCUCGCUACCCGGCUCCAUCUACCAGACCUUUGUGCUCGAGGAGAAGUUCGGCUUCAACAAGCAGACGCCCAAGCUCUUCAUCACCGACAUGAUCAAGUCCCAGCUCCUCGCCUUCGUCCUUGCGCCCCCAAUCCUCGCCGGUUUCCUCUCCAUUGUCAAGAAGACGGGUAACCAGUUCUUCUUCUACCUUUGGGCGUUCGCCGCUGGCCUCCAAGUCUUCAUGAUCACCAUCUACCCGGUCGCCAUCCUGCCGCUGUUCAACAAGCUGUCACCCUUGGAAGAGGGCGAGUUGAAGAACGGCGUCGAGAGCCUCGCCAAGAGCUUGAACUUCCCCCUUCACGAACUCUACGUUAUCGACGGAAGCAAGCGCAGCGCCCACAGCAAUGCCUACUUCUUUGGUCUCCCUUGGAAGAAGCACAUUGUCAUCUAUGACACCCUCAUUGAGAAGAGCGAGACACAGGAGGUUGUCGCCGUCCUCGCCCAUGAGCUCGGUCACUGGAGCCUCGGCCACACCACCCGUCUCUUCGGUAUCUCUCAGGCCCAUUUCCUCUACAUCUUCGCUCUUUUCUCCGUCUUCAUCAGCAACCAGUCGCUGUACGCCGACUUUGGUUUCCUUACGGAACACCCGAUCAUCAUCGGCUUCAUCCUCUUCUCUGACGCACUUUCGCCCAUGGACACUGUUGUGAAGCUGCUCAUGAACGUCCUGAGCCGCAAGUACGAGUUCCAGGCUGACGCCUUCGCCCAGAAGCUCGGCUACUCUGCUGAGCUGGCUCGGUCGCUCCUCAAGCUCCAGAUCCAGAACCUCAGCUCUAUGGAUGCCGACUGGAUGUACGCGACCUACCACUUCUCUCACCCUCAUCUGUCCGAGCGCCUCAACGCCCUUAACUGGAAGUCUACCAGCAAGGUCACAACGGAUGAGCCGACGGUCGGAAAGGCCUCGGGAAGGGAUGAGCUGUAA